GUAGUUCACACUUGACAGACCCUGUCGAUGCAAAAGGAAUAUCCUCCCUUGGAGCCAAGUUGAACCUGCCUCUUUGCUGCUCGCUGUGUUUCAGUCAUGAGGAACCUUCAUUUCAAGGAUUUCUUCUGGUACCCAGAUCUGACCUCCACUGCUGGCUACGAUGCCAUCAUUCAGUAUCUCAACGAGGGUAAAAGAACGUGCAAGGAGGUGGAGGACUUCAUGAAAGCCAGGGCUUCGAUCGAAGAGAGGUACGCCAAAGACCUGCUUGGUUUGUCCAAGAAGGUCUGUGGACACAAUGAGAUGAACACACUAAAACGAUCCCUGGACGUGUUUAAACUACAGACCGAACAUGUUAGUCUCUCCCACUUGCAGCUGGCACAGAGCAUGAGGGAGGAGGCCAAGAAGCUGGAAGAAUUCAGAGAAAAGCAGAAAGAAGGAAGGAAAAAGAUAGAGCAACAGAUGGAUGCACUCCACAAACAGAAGUCCUCACAGUUUAAAAGGACGAUGGAUUCCAAGAAAACAUAUGAGCAGAAGUGUCGCGACAAGGAAGAAGCCGAUCAGAACAUGAACCGAAACACCAACACCACCAACACCAAGCUCGUGGAGAAGCUCCAAUCAAAAGCUCAGCAGGCAAAACAGAACGCGGAAGAAGCAGACAGGUUAUACCAACAGCAUGUCACAACUCUGGGGAAGAUUCGAGACGACUGGCUGAAGGAGCACAUAAACGCCUGCGAGAUAUUUGAAAAACAGUCGGUAGAACGCAUUAACUUCCUGAGGAACACAGUGUGGACUCAUCUUAACCAGCUUUCGCAGCAAUGCGUCACCAGCGACGAGCUGUAUGAGGAAGUGCGGAGGUCACUGGAACAAUGCGACAUCCGGGAAGAUAUCGAACACUUUGUGAACCUCAGACGCACCGGAGACAAACCGCCAGCCGCAGUCGUGUAUGAGAACUUCUACACCGGUCAGAGGUCUCCAACUGGACCGCCGCCGUCUCGGAUGCCUCCACCAGUCGGCAGGAGGGGGCCACUACCAGAUCCAACCCAGAGCAAUAGGGAUGAUGCACGCCACUCGUCGGCGCUUGAAGGAGAUUACAGUGUGAUCCAGUAUUAACAUUUAUGUCUCCAGUUUCAGACAUACCCAUUAUAACUCAUAACUUCCUCUUUUGAGGCUUCCUGUAAACAUGCAGUCAUAUCAGAUGGAAAAUUAGUGUCAUAACUUUUAACAGACAAUGCUUCACUUAAGUUUUGAAUGUACCUGGAUAUGUUAAAAUAGGUUAAAAAAAAAACGUUUGUUGCUUAAUGUAUGAAAUAAAAUGAUGGACCAUAAUAAAUAUGUUUGUUCUGUGUUUUUACAUCACAGAUAAUCAUCAGACAAAAAUCUUAACCCAUUUACUGUAUGUAAGCCUAACUGCCGUGCAAAUUCAAUGACCCGCCCUGCGUCAUAGUUUCUCUCCUGCUUUGUUUUUUCCAAAUUUAAACGUGCCAUUUGUUCGCCAGUUUUCGUUUCCUUAUUGAUGUGA